GCGUUCAUCGUGGUAUCUUUGGUCGCACCAACCCAAGCAAAUGUGGACGCUCUCCCGCAGCAGCAGCAGCAACAAGCCUCGAAGCAGCCCCUGCCCACCCAGGCCGCUGCUAAAGCCCCCCUGACGCAGCAGCCAAACUCCACCUCGACGCCCUUCUCAUGCGAACGACUUGACCGUGUCCCACGGCCCCAGCGUUGCGAGUUUGUACGGCAGCAGUGCGACUCGGACAGCCUGUUGCCGUACACGGAGUGGUACUACUGCCACGUGGCGCCGUACGGCGUGUUUGCGAGUGUCAUAUUUGCGUUGCUGUUGUCGGCAGCGCUGCCGCUGCUGUUCACGCUGCUGGGUGACACCGCGGAGCUCUACUUCAGUCCCAUCAUGACGCACGUGGCGCAGAGCAUACCCAAGAUGAGGCCCAGGUUCGCAGGAGUGACAUUCGUGGCCAUGGGCAACGCGGCUCCCGACCUGUCGUCAAACAUAUCCGCCGUUCGAAACGGCGGCGUGCUGCUGUCGGCGGGCGCACUCACAGGUGCCGCGAUGUUCGUACAGUGUGUGGUGGCGGCGGAGGUGAUGCGGGCGAGCAGAGGUCCCAUCAAGUGCCGCGGCGCCAUGCUUCGCGAUGUGGCCAUCUACUGCGCCUGCGUGCUGCUGGUGCUGGGGGCGUUUGCACACGGCAGGAUCACGUACUGCUUCAUCGCGGGUGCCGUACUGCUGUACCUGUCGUACAUCGUGUGGGUUUUUGCGGGCGAUGAGUGGCACGAGCGGGGCAGGCCGCGGGCGGGGGAUGUGUGGAGCCGCUUCCGAGCGGCGGCGGAGGACAGGUUCGGCUCCCGACGCGGCCUGCUGGACUCGGGCGGGUUGCUUCCCUGGGCGGCGGUGGAGGAGGGCGGCGCGGGCAGCAGGGGCGGAGGGGGCGAGGGGCCGAGCGACAUGGCUACUGAGCUCACCUCUCCCCUCAUCUCAGCAGCACCCCACGGCAGCGGCGGCGAGCAUGGCCUCCCCAGCCGACCCACCUCCCCCUCACGCCGGCUCUCAGCCCCCCUGCCGCCCCACCAACCGCACCACCACCACCACCAUCUAAUGAGUGCCAAGACCUACCAGAGCCUUGUGUGGGCGGACUUGACGGGUCCCGAGGAGCCGGCAGCAGCAGGCGCGGCGGGGGACAUGGAAG